CUACGAACAUCCUCAACCGUGAAGCCUCACAGAGAGCUUCACGCUACGCCCCCCCCCCCCGGUCCCGCCGCGACGACAUCCUUCUCCUCUCCGGUACCGCAACCUCGAACAGGGCUAGCAGCAACACAUCAUCCCACAGCAUCACAGAAACACACUUAAUAUAGAAAGCAUCGCUCCAACGCUCCCCCGACCUCGUAGCUGCCGCUCGUCGGCUCCCGCCUGCUCACGCGCCCCAUCGUCGUCGUCGCCCGUCGUCUCCCGACCCAUUCCCUUCCCCCGACGCCUGCCAUGGACGCUGUCGACGUCUCCGAGCACUACGAGGUCACCACCACCGACGACACCCCCUCGCUCCUCUCCAUCGUCCUCGACACCAACCCGCGCGCCUGGGCCGCCCUCGAGGACCGCCUACCUCUCGCCCGCGCCAUCGCCAAUGUCCUCGUCUUCGUCAACGCACACCUCGCCUUCAGCAAUGUCAACCAGGUCGCCGUCAUCGCCGCCCACGUCAACCGCGCCGUGUGGCUCUACCCUGCGCCUGCGUCGUCCCGUGGAACCGUUCCCGCCAAGGAUGCGUCCGGCGACGUUUCCAUGGUCGACGCGCCACAGCCUGCUGCCGCGGCCCCGUCGUCUGCCAAUAAGUACCCUCAGUUCGCGCAGAUCGAGUCGACGGUCAUGUCUUCGAUGCAGAGGCUCAUGAGCGAGACCACCGAGGCGGACCUCGCCGAGACGACCACGCAACUCUCCGGUGCCCUCACCCUCGCUCUGUGCCACAUCAACAAAGCUGCGCAGGCCCUCAGCUCAGCAACCGGCGGUAUUGGUAGCGACGCCCAGGCUGCCGCCAAUGCCGCCCCGCCCAUGAAGGGCCGUAUAGUCGUCAUCUCCGUUUCUGAUUCCGAGCCCGCGCAGUAUAUUCCCACCAUGAAUGCCGUCUUCGCGGCUUCCCACGCCCAGGUCGCCAUCGAUACCCUCGCCCUCGCCGGCGACCCAACGUUCCUCCAGCAGGCCUGCUUCAACACAGACGGCACGUUCCUCGCUGCCUCAAAUCCACAAGGACUCUUGACGUAUCUCAUGUUUGGGCUCGUCGCCGACACCGAGGCCCGAAAGUCUCUCAUCACGCCAACACACGAUAAAAUCGAUUUUCGUGCCGCGUGCUUCUGCCACGGCAAGGUCGUCGACACCGGCUUUGUCUGUUCCAUCUGCCUUAGCAUAUUUUGCGAGCUACCCGAGGAUGCCAUAUGCUUGACGUGUGGUACAAAGCUCGCCCUAGGCAAUUACGGAUCUAAACCAGCAGUGGUGCCGCGCAAGAAGAAAAAGAAGAAGCGAAUCGUCAACGGCGGCGGUCGCGAGGAGACGGGCAGCGCGACGGGCACUCCACGUCCCUAGAUAUCACUCUGCGACGGCGCGACGUCCUCCCCCUCCUUGCUAUGGGGAUUGGUUGUAUAGCAUCCACCAUGUCCGGCAAUCGGGUGGCUGGCGUUCAGGAUACAAGGAGCCGGUUCCGGAACGAGGAACCUUUGAAGAAGAGACAUAGAUGACGUCUCAGUCAUGAGCUGUAUUACGCCAUGUAUACUAUAACGAUACCAUGUCUGCACAAUUCACUCAAGAGCAUGGAGGCUUUCAGCCUCAGCUGCAAUCACUAUAGCCG